GCGUUGGAUGAACAGUUCCAGCGUGUUCUGGGACGGAGGUGUGAGUGGAGGUUACCAGUCCAUGCUGCUGGAUGAGGACCGUGGCUGGCUCCUGGUAGGGGGUAGAGACCACAUCUACCUUCUCCACUCGGACAGCCUGGCUCUUCCUACACGCACGAUUUACUGGCCAGCUGUGGAGGAACACGUCGAACACUGCAGAUUGGCAGGGAAGAACCUGUCGACUGACUGCGCCAAACUACGUGCGUCUACUCCAGCCCUUCAAUAAGACCCCAUGUGUACGUCUGUGGCACCGGGCCCUACCACC